AGAAUUAAUUAUUAUUAUUCUGAUUGUCUAAUGGCCAAGCCUAUCUUUUUACGUUGAGAUUUUGUUCUAAUUUAUUUUAUUUUUGUAAAACUACAUAAACUUUACAGAAAUGGUGGUUAAAGUAUAUAUUAGUGGUAUCUCAGGAAACAAAGAGGUAAAAAAGAGACAACAGCGAGUUUUGAUGAUCUUAGAUUCAAAAACAAUCAAAUAUGAAAUAAUCGACAUAACGGAACCUGGCCGAGAAGCUGAUAAAGACUUCAUGCAAAAUAAUUCCAAGUCAAAUGGUGCUACCGUCAGUGAUCCUAACCCACGUUCAGCACUGCCGCCCCAGAUUUUCAAUGAUGAAGAAUAUUGUGGGGAUUAUGAUCUGUUUGACUUAGCAAAUGAAGAAGACACUUUGGAACUAUUUUUGAAAGUAGAAGUCCCUCCUGAAGAACUCCCUACUGCUACCAAGAGCGUUGCUGUUAACGGUGAGGUAAUAGUAAAUGAGAGCAUAGAAUCCACUAAUGAUGUAGAGGGCACUGAAGACUCCACAGAGAAGUCAACUGAAAUUCUCACUGAUAAUGGCAGUGCUGAGGCAGCAGCAGAAAAUGAGGGUUCACCAGAGAAGGAAUCAUCGCCUGUUAGACAAAAAUCUGCAGAAAAAGAGCAACCAACAGAUAACAUUGAAAAGCUUACAGAAGACUCUGAAAUUGAAUCUAAACAAAAGUCAAAAGAGAGCACUCCUGCUGAGGUAGAGCAGGCCAAUGAAAAUGGAGCAGUCAGUUCUCGUGAACAAUCUGAAGAAAAACAAGAAACAGUAAAUGAGCAACAGAAGGAAAACCUAACAGAGGCUUUUAUUCAGAAUGAGCAAGCAGCUGCUUCUGAUUAGUAUUGAGAGCAAUUUAUGCUGUCAGCUCAAACUUACUCUAGCACUAAGCAAACACUUUUCAUCACCAUUGUGUUAUUUAUAAAGCAUCAUUCAUAUUUUUGGCAUAAAAUUAAGUCAUUGUAUAUAAGGCAAAUAAUUAUUUGUUGAAUUAUGAUGUUACAUGUCAAUGUAGUUACAUGUUGCUAUGAAGUGGCCUACUCUUUUAUUAAUUAUUAUUGGAGAUUAAUCAAAUUUUUAUCUCUAAUGUAAAUGUUAGAGUCUAUUAACAAUUUUAUCCUAUGUAAGGCAUGUAUUUGGUAUUACUUUAAAGUAUUUUAAUAAUAUAUACAAUUAAAACAUCAUCAAGUAAAAUAAGUAAAAAUCAGAUUUUAUUGUGUUUUGGCUCUUUUAAUGCUCAUUUGUUUAUAAACUCUAUGUAAUAGCAUGACAUUAAUAUUAAGAUAAUAUUAGGCCUUAUUUGGUCUAAGGUGCUGACUGCAAGAUAUAAUGAUUUGCAUAUUUUAUAAAUGAGCGUUAUUCAAAAUUAUUAUUACUAAUAUUUUUAGUUUUAAAUG